AGCAUCAUUACUUUUGUUUGCUGGAGCUCCCGAUGUCUGCAAGUUUGGAGUUUUACGUGCAGCAGCCUUUAUGAAGUUGCCCUCCAUGCGUGUGGGAUUGCGACAGACAUGGUGUUGGAGCACUGCAUCCAGGCAGGAGCCGCCUUCAUCAUCAGUCCUUGUUGCUACGGCUUCAUCCAGAAUGCAGUCAAGUUCACCUUCCCUAAGAGCAAAAGGUUUCAAGAGACUCUCACAUCCAAGGAGCACAUGAUCCUUUGCCGCUUUGCAGAUCAGACUGCGGUCCAGUUGCCACCUGAGAGGCGCCUCAUUGGUACUGUUCAUAAUCUGCUCUUUUAUCCCAUCUUGUCUCCAUAAUGCAAAACAUUUGUGGCGUUAAAGUAUAAGGAUUCCUACUCUCCUUUUAGUUAAUAUCAUUAUUUAUUAUGGUGAACUGUGAAUAAUUUUUGCACUUGUUUCUU